AUGGAUGGAAUACUUUCCACGGGUACAGGCUUUGUUCCGCAUGUUGUUUGCAUGGUCAUUCUUGCAUUUCUAGGCCUAUCAAUCCACCUUUCUCGAAGGAAAGCCGUCAUCCGUGUUGCUGGAGCAACUGCGACGGUCGACGAGCGCCCUUGGAUCUUCCAGUUCCCUCCUUCUAGGCGCCACAUACUAGCUAGCCUGAAGCUGAAGGGUUCAGCCGGCCCUUAUCAUCGUAUUCCACUCGAAGUGCUACGAAAGUGCGCCUUGCCGUCAACUCGUGCGGUAAACUGGGACCAAGAUGACCUAUAUUAUACCCCGACCGGAUUCUCCACACACGACAUACGAGCCCUUGGAAGAUUUCCAGAUUACUCGGUCCUCACCGGUGUGCCAUAUCCCAAACCACAUGGACCAGAAUUUGACAUCAAGAAGGCAACUUUCCGACCAUUCCGACCAUUUAGGUGGCCUUAUCAUCAGACCAUGGCCCAUUACAAAUUCGAUCCCGACUGGUGGGUCGAGCUAGAUCAAAGCUAUCUUUCGGUCAUGGCGCAAAGAAAGCACCUCAAAGAGAAGCAUGGGGAGCUGGUCUAUUAUUCUGACCCGGGCACAGAACUGGCAUGCCGAGAACUGAUGGAAAUGUUACUUCUUUUUAUUUGCAAGCGCUAUCCUCGGCACUUCAGCCUCCAGCAAGGUAACACCAUCCUCCAAAACCGUAUUCUCAACACAAGAACGGAUCUUCUUCGCACCCCACCGUUGGAAGUGAUCUACCAAAACAUCCCGGAAGACUACGCCCUGGUCUUUCGAAACGAGCAUGACGGACUUUACCACUUGAGGGCGGCGAUGGUGUGCUCAUCAGUUGGCUGGGAUAUCGGAAUGCACCGAGGCAAGCCACUCAGGAUGAUCCACGAAGGUGUACCCGACUAUGCCGAGAAAAUGGCUUUCAGCUUGGAUCGAUAUUUCGCCAAGAUGGCUGUCGAACAGCCCAUUCAGCGAUGUAGUUGGAGUCUAGAGGAUCAUGCACCAUUGUUCAGCAGCCCACGCAUGACACAAAACACGCCAUGGGAGCGCAGCAUGUUUUCUGAGCGCAAGGAAGAUUUGACAAUCGACGAUGUCAAAUUAAGGUGUGACUACCAGACAUUGCGGAGAUUGCCACUCAGCGGUGCAAUUGUGUUCAAUUUUAAGGCGGUGUUCACUCCGAUCACCGAGCUUAAACACGAAGCUUACGUGCCCUUUGUAUUGCUCAAAGUCUUACAGGAGGGCAAGGAGAGCCUGAUUGACUACAAAACUGUGAACCACGUCAAAGCUAUCACAAUCGAGGCAUGCAAGAGAUGGUCCCAGGAACAGAUCAAAAGAGGAAUUGUACCGUACGACUGGAAUAUAGGAACUCUUGAGGAGAGUCCAUUUUUCCCUGGGUGGGAAGAGAAAUGGCAUAUCCAACAAGGUUUCUAA